CUGUGAUUAGUUGAGGAAGAAACUUCAACGUGAUAUCUCUUUCUUUUCCUUUUUCUUUCUCUCUAUCUCUUCAUCUUUCUGUUCAACGUGAUUAAUUAUUAAAAACCUAAUAAAAAAUGGAACGCUGGGCUGGUAAAAUAGCUAUAGUUACUGGUGCUUCCAGUGGAAUAGGAUUAGCAAUAGCGAAAGCUCUUGUACAAAAUGAAGUAGUCGUGGUUGGAUUUGCUAGGAGGAAAAAUAAAAUGCAGAGUGAGAUGCAAAAUGUUAACGGAAAAAAUAAAGGAAAGUUCUAUGCGUGCGAGUGUGAUGUCACCAAGCCCGAAAGUAUCGAACAAGCAUUCGAAUGGGUCAAAAAUAAUUUUGGAAUAGUCCAUAUUCUAGUAAAUAAUGCUGGGGUCUCGACAAAUGCCAAAUUUAUGGAUUCAUCUAGAUCUGAUUGGAAAAGAUUAUUCGAUGUGAAUGUGUUAGGAUAUAUCGAUUGCACCAAACGUGCCGCUAGAAUGAUGUUAGAUUCUAAUGUGGAAGGUUACAUUGUUAACGUAAACAGUAUUGCAGGACACAACGUAGUUACUUUGCCGGGUUAUUCUUUUAACUUUUAUCCAGCGUCCAAAUUUGCUUCUGUUGCUGCUACUGAAAUCACACAAAAGGAAUUAUAUGGUAGCAAAAUUCGAGUGACGAGUAUCAGUCCAGGCUUAGUAUCUACGGGAAUCAUGGAAGCCAAUAAUAUUACCUCAAAGACAUGGUCUGAAAUAAAUUUACCCGUAUUGGAUCCUGAUGAUGUUGCAAAUGCUAUUAUUUAUAUAAUUGGAACUCCGCAACGCGUUCAUAUUACUGAAUUAAUUAUUAGACCUUUUGGAGAAGUUAAAUAUGAGUGACAUGAAAUUAUAUAUAUUUUAAAUAA